UCUUAAAUUCUUCCGCAUCAGGGGCGGUCCCAUCUACUGUAGUAGCAAGCACCGAUCCGUACUGUAUGGCUCAGUACGAAAACAAGUGCUGCAUGACCAAGUCAGUUUGUAUGCUACUGGGCUUCAAAACUUUCAGAUAUGGCAUCGAUGGAGCCGAAUGGGGAUCUGCAGAGGGGGGACUACGAAGGAGACCAUUUGAGGCUACACAUAGUGACAUGGAACGUAGCCACUGCUGAUCCCCCAGAUGACAUGAGCUCACUUCUCCUUUUAGAUUCUCCAGAGGAUGUAGACCUCUACGUCAUUGGCCUCCAGGAGGUGUACUCUGGGCCGCUGAGAUUCAUGUCGGAUGUUGUGUUCGAUGACCCUUGGAGCUACGCGCUUAUGGCCGCCUUAGCACCAAGGCAAUAUGUGAAGGUGUCCUCUAUCAGAAUGCAAGGUCUGUUACUGCUGCUCUUCUCCAAAUUGGAGCAUGUCCCAUUCAUUCGAGACAUCCAGGCUACAUACACGCGCACUGGCAUCUUUGGCUAUUGGGGUAACAAAGGUGGUGUGUCCAUUCGUCUGUCUCUCUAUGGACACAUGCUCUGUUUCCUCAAUUGUCACCUCGCUGCACAUAUGAAACAUGCCGCGGAGAGAGUGUUUGAAUUUGAAUACAUUGCGGACACGCAAACCUUCAACUGUGAAAAGGCUGAGCGAAUUCUUGACCACAGGCUAGUCUUUUGGUUUGGAGAUCUCAACUUCCGAAUUCAAGACCAUGGAUUGCAUUUUGUUCGAACAUGCAUCAGCAAUCAAAACUACAGCUUGCUGUGGAGCAAAGACCAGCUGAUCAUGAUGAAGCAAAAAGAGAAGUUGCUGCAAGGGUUUGAGGAAGGGCCCCUCGACUUUCAGCCUACGUACAAGUUUGACGUGAACACCGAUACAUACGACAGCAGGCGCUACAGGACAUGGUUUGCCUUUAACAGUAAGAAGCGCAAACCCGCGUGGACGGACAGAAUUCUCUGGCGCCUGAGACCCAAAGCCCUCCACGCUGACGAGCAAGACAAACACGGCGACGGAACAGAUGCAAAAGAUGUCAAGCCGCUCGAUGAAGCUGAAGAAUACCCUUUGGAAAUCAGACAGGACUUGUACACCAGCAACAUGGAGUACAGCGUCAGUGACCACAAACCUGUCACUGGUGUCUUCACACUGAAGCUGAAGAAAAUGUACACCACUCCGCUGGUGCACCUGCAGGCUGAAGGCGAAUGGAGUGCCGAUAUUGAUGCCAUGCUGCUCUACAGCCCGCUGCAGCCAUUCCCUUCCAGUACAUGGGACUGGAUUGGAUUGUACAAGGUUGGAUUUACUAGCGUGUUUGAUUACAUCACAUACACGUGGGUCAAAGAUGAUGAAGUGUCCAUCGAUGACGAUGCCAUUAAGGUGUAUGUGAAUAAAGAGGAGAUCCCAGUGACAGGAGGAGAGUGUAUGCUGGGUUACUACUGUAAUACUCUACAGUGCAUUAUUGGUAUCAGUGAACCAUUCCAGGUCCAUGAGUCCAAGGUGGCCAUCGAGGAGGGUUUUUUGCAUGAGAAGAUCAGCAGUCUGGAUCAAAUUGUAGCAACUGAAAACAUUCGGAACUGAGAUAUCUCAGUCUGGUUUACCAGAACCAAACAAAGAUUUCAAAACAUUUUUGUGUAGGAUAAGCAUUUGAAAUGUUUCUUUCUCAUACUGUUACACUGCUCCAGCUCUGAUACUACCACCAACAGCAGCACUGAGUGGUAAACCGUGAGUGUGUGUAUUAUGUUUACUAUGUGUGAGGUGGCAUCAUAAAUUACUGAUGAUGCAAUGCUUUGAUGUCACUGAGUUUAGGUCAUGAUGGUGCAAAAGAAUACAUCAGAUGAUUAGUUAAAACACUGUUUUAAGAUAUACUGCUAAGGGCAAUUCAAUGAGUCACUUGCGUCGAGGGUAAAGGUGAAGCUCUUGUGCAGGUUUUCCUUGCAUCUACAGUAAACACAGGUUGGUACUUAAGCUAGUCUACAACCAUAUGGUACUAAUUUGUGUUUUCAGUGUAAAACCGAUAGAAUGAUGGAAUUGUGAUCUAACGACUGCACAUUAACCAGCAUAUUAAGUUUUCAUAUCAUGCUCCUUGUGUUCAUGCAGUAUUAACUUGGUGGGAAUUCAUUGUAUACUGUAUUGUAUAGAGAAUGCUGUGACACUGCUGUAAUCUGUAAAUUCGAUCAGUUCUUUUCAUUACUGUUUUUAUUUCAUUUGAAUUGUUUAAAUGGGUUAUAUUGAACCACGUUGCUGUGAAUGAGCUCCUGCUGCUGGCUUCACAUGUUCCUGGUGGACAUGAAUGCAAAAAAAAAAGCUAAAGCUGCCUUUUCAACUAGUAUAGUUAGCCAAAUAACCAUUCCGUUAUUAAAACGUGAAAUCUGUAUUUUAUUCAAAUGUUAAUAUAUAGGGAAUGUAAACACAUUGCACAGUGUUUUAUUGCUGAAGAAUAACAGUUUGUUCAAAUAGGUAAACUAAUUUGUUUCAAUAAGUGCCUUUUAAAGAAAGCUAAAGUGUCACGCAAAUUAGUCACUAUUUUAACAAAAUGGUAUUUUUCGAUGGUCUUAUAUAUUCAUGAAUUUUGCAUAGUUUUAAUUUCACCUUAAACUUGAUUUCUUCUGCACAAUAUAGUUGUUUAUAGCUUGCUGUAACUGAGGCAGCGAAACUUGCGAUUUAUUGUACAUAUUUAAUAGCAUUGAAGUAAUGUGCUGUAACAGAAAGACCAAACAUUUUUAGCUUUAAAGAUGCAAUUAUUAAAAAAGAAAUAAUAUCACCA